AUGGGUAUACAGCGAGCUCAGAGGGCAUCAAUGGCUCUCACACUCAACUAUGUAGCAUUCGCAAUGGCAGUCUCAGCCGUUACCACCAGCUACUGGUGUGAGGGGACCAGAAAAGUGGUGAAGCCUUUCUGUAUGGGACCGGUGAAAGGCAAGCAGACAUAUUGCAUUCGCUUUAACAGCACCAACGUCAAUGACACAAAACUGGUGCAGUACAUCUACGAGACUGGAGAAGAAAAGUUUCUCAUGAGGAAGUUUCAUGCAGGCAUUUGGUUCUCCUGUGAGCAAACCAUGGACUUAAUAGGAUUUAAUUGUAGGAGAUUUUUUGAGAUUGCACCAGAUCAUGAAAGAGGAGUCCUCUGGUUGUGUAUUGUGGCUGAAUGUCUUUAUAUUGCUCUGCUGUUCACCGGUGGAGCUCUGAUGCUGAUAGAGAUGUGUCCAUGCUUUAGCAUGAUGAACAGGCUCAAGCUCAGUGCCUUUGCAGCUUUGUGCACUGCGCUCUCAGGUCUUUUUGGGAUGGUUGCACAUAUGAUGUUCACCACAGCUUUCCAGCUGGCAGUCCAGCUGGGUCCAGAAGACUGGAGACCAAAGACAUGGGACUACAGCUGGUCUUAUCUUCUGGCGUGGUGUUCAUUCGGCACAUGUAUGGGCUCUGCGGUCACAGCUCUAAACCAUUACACCAAAACCAUCAUUGAGUUUAAGUUCAGGCGGAGGACCAUUGAGAAGAAACUGCGCAUCAAGCAGAGGAUUCUGGAGCUUGACCUGCCAGAAGACUUAUGGUACAUAACAUUAUUACAAGACCAAGCAGACCAACACACUGCUCUGUAUGUAAAUGGCCCUGGAUCAUCCAGCAUCAACCCCAGUAUACUGGACAACUGGGGCAGAGAAUACUGCUGA